AUGAUUGCUGAUGUAUUGGACAUCUGUGCCGUUGCACAAGAGGAACCAUGCUCUGCUGCCUCUACAAUUCCCAACUGCAGCUUUGUGAAAGUAAAGAUGCAGUUGCUUCUCCGUGGAGAUGAACUUAACAUGUACGUGACGGCUUUGCUCGCUGAGUUCUUCCCAGAAGGCAAAAACCUCAAAGAUGAGAUUGGGUUGCCCGUGAUUUUGACAUCUUUGUUGCAUUCGUGCGACUGGUUCUACCGCAAGGCUCCUAGUGCGAUGCCGUCUUGGCAGCCAAGUCUUUCUCCUUCAGAUUAUCCAACUAUUCUUGCAUCGGCUAAUCCAAGUGCUUUGGUUCCUGAACCUACCAAGAAACCCUCAGAGUCGCCCAGCAAGACCCCUUCCGCAACGCCAUCGAGUGCCCCGACUCCGACCCCACCGCCAACACUUGCUUCGGUUCCAGGAGAAACACCAAGUCCAACAGAGACAUCCUCUGCAACUCCCUCGUCUACGCCAUCAGUCGCUCCUGCCGUUGGAAGCACACCGUCUCCAUAA